UUUCUCCAUUGCUUUUUUUUCUUUAAGGGUGACGAAGCCAAUCCCAGCUGACCUUUGAGUGGGGGCAGGGUUCAGCCUGAACAGGUCAGCAGUCCAUCACAGGGCCACACACAGAGACAAGCAGUUUAUCACAGUCACAUCUAAGGGCUAGAUUAGUCGUCCGCCAAUAAUUGAUGGUUUUAGUCCUGGUUUUACUGAAUCAUGUGCCAAAGUUUCACUUGGCAAGACACUGAACCCUAAGGUGCCCGGUGCUAUUGCUAUACAAGUGCAAGACCAUUUUACAUUAAAUUUUACUACUAAUUCUACUGCAAGACAACAACACAACAUGCACAGACACACAAACAACAGAGAUUAUUCUUUAUUUUUAUUUUUAUUAUAUCUAUUAUUUAGGUUUAUUAGUUGCAAACUUCUGCUUAAGAGACAAACUAACACAUUUGUGCAGCAGGAAGCGUAAACUUGUGGUCAGAGCUGUUGAGUGAAUAGGAAGGAAGAACAGAGCAGCUCUGAAUCAGGUGAUGAUCUGUAGCUUGUGUCUUAGUGUUUGCUGUCAUUCCUCUACAGCGACAGUGUGUGUGGAUGUGAAGAUGGAGCUGACUUUGCUCUGUGUACUGUCAUUAUUCUUUCUGAAUACAAACAUCUAUGGAAAUGAUGAAGCAUCUGAACUCAAAGCCUCUGUGACACCACACAGAACCACACAAACCAUACGAACAGGUGGAAUUGUGACACUGAGCUGCUCUGUGGACGGUUCUGAUGGCUGGAAAUAUUACUGGUACCAACGUUCCACAGACUCCUCUGAAGCUCAGGCCAUGAAAGGUUCUGACCCAGACGGAGCUGAUGUCAGAGUGACAGCAGGAGGUGAGUUCUACUGCAGAGGAGGGAGAGGAGAGCCACCGUUCUACACACAAAACAGCAGCAAAGUCAUUGUUAGGGAAACUGUUCCUAACAGGGCCACUGUGGACCUGCAGCCUGACUGGUCUGUAAUGUACACGGGUGAAACAGUCAGUGUCCGAUGUCAGAUCCAUGGAGGUGGACGAACAGAAUGGACGUAUGAAUGGACAAGAGACGCAUUAAACAUAUCUCAUGCACUCAGUGAAUACAAGUUCAGUCCAGUUUCUAAGCAUCACAGUGGGACGUACAGGUGCCGAGGUAGAAAGAACAGCUACACCUUCACAGACUGGAGUAACUUUGCCACUCUGACCGUAGAAGGAUUCAGUCCUGAAGGUCCAUCAUUUUCUGCCUCCUUUACUGUUGGACUGGUUGUUAGACUUUCAGUGAUUGUUUUCCUGCUGCUGCUGCUGCUGCUGCUGUUGUGUGUUUGGAGAAACAUUAAAGCACACAGAAGUGUGAGCACUGAUCAAAGCUCUGCUACACAGCAAACAGUCAACCAGCUUGAACCUCAGCUUUACUCCUCUCUGCUCCACGGUGAUGUUUGUGUCUAUGAAUCAGUCGGAGGCUCUGGAAACAAUGAUGAUGGGACACAUGAUGAUACAGAGGAAGAUCAUGAUUACAACAAUGUGGAUCCAAAUGCAGCCACAGAUUCAUAAAAGGUGAUCAACAACAAAACAAGAACCACAAGAUGAUAACAUUCUGUUACAUGUCACAUGUUGAGACUGUUACCCGCAUUUAUAUAGUUUUAUCAGAGUGAGUGUUAAUACAGGCAAUAUUAUAUGAUAUGAUACACAUGUAGAAGAUAGUAGCUGAAAGAAUUCAACAGAAACCAGCUCCAAGAAUAGUCAAACCUUCAGAACUUAGAUUUAGCUUUGUCACGUCAGUUCACAAUAUAAUUUAACAAUUGGUGUUAAUAUUGUUGUGCGAUUUAAGUGUCGAUGUGUGAUUUAUGUGAAUAUAGUGUGAAACAUUAUUACUGUAUGUUCAGCAUAUUGAUUGCCGCCUGGUGGAUGGAAGAUAGUUUAGGUGCUUUUUGUUUUUUAAUGUAAUUUUUUAGAUGUUACUUUUGGACUUUUUUAGAUUUGGACUAUAUAAGUGUAUUUUAGAUUUACUGAAUAAUGUUACAUAUGUUAACAAUGUUAAUUAAAGCAUCAUACGUGA